CACUCUCAUCUGUCUCCGCCAACUCUCAUCGGAGUUGCUUGCAAUUCACCUCCUUAAACAUGAGCGCAGAGCCUUCGUCCGCCCAACUACCGAACAAGAAGAAGCUGAAGCGUACUAUCGCGCAAAAUGGCACGAAUUAUCUAAAAGAAAUCUACAAGACGAACCCAAAUCCAUCACGUACGGAAAUGCUGGAAAUUCUGGAACAACUGCACGGAAUGGUAGGCAACGAAGAAUGCACCAUAGAAAGCGUCAAGCAAUGGUUCAAGCGCCAAAAAUAUGCGCACGCGGCGAACGAACGAGGACUCGGCGACUUGCAAACGUCGUUGUCCUACCCAACCCUGACCGCAGACCACAUCCGCACGCUGACCGCGCUCUACUCCGCCCAGAAGGACGCGCCCGACUCCGUCAUCGCGUCCUGGGCGCUCGUCUGCGCGGGCUCCGACCUCAGCGACGUGCAGCGCUGGAUACGCGACCAGCGGCGCCUCGAGCUGGGCACGCCGGAGAUCUCCCCUGUAGAGAGCACGCUGGGGACAUCUCCCGUGGAAAGCACGCUGGGGGUAUCUCCCAUAGAGGUCCCACCCCCUGUGAAGGGCCCGCCGGAGCCCGCGCCGCAGAGGCUAUCCAUACGCCUCCCCCCGCUGAUGCUGAACGCGCAACAGCGGCCGACCGAGCAGAGGAUACCGCCACCACUGCCGAACUAUCGUGAUAUCCUGUCCAAGGCGUUGUCCUCGAAAGGAGACGCCCCUCCGGAGCAACCUCCCCGCACCAUCGAGGAAUGGAAUCAGCAGUUCGCGCCCUAUGACAGGAUGCUCGACCGGUUUGAGGAGCGCCUCAGGUCGGCACGCUUCGCAGAUAGCCCUCGUUAAGGAUCCUAGAGUAUGAAGCUCUGUCUGUCUUUCGUUCUCCGAAGUCUUCAUAUUCAGCUGUCUCACCAUUUUGUUCUACCGUUGCUUUCCUGUAUCGUCGUUGUCGAUGUUUUCUCCCAAGCUCAGCAUGAGUCGUCCCGCCGAUAUCCCCAAAUAACGAG